UCUCUCUUUCUGAGACAGCAUGGCUCAUACACUCUGACCAACUCAGCUGCCUGGGAGUUUACAGUCGUGGACCAUAUCUUACCACUGAAUCUUGAAAACGCUUGAACCUUUGUGCAUUUCGUCCAGAAAGAUAGUUUGGCUUCCUUAUCCUAACCUAAAGACAGCGCUUCAGGAAGGGGUCUACAUUCAGUUCAUAAACGUCAAGGUCUGACCAUACAACCAGAGCACAGGUCUUCAUUCACAUGUUGGAGAAUGAGUGCCAGUGGACAUACACUGUUGUUUUCAUUCACUCAAACUUACUCGAGUAAUCAACCGCGCAAGAUCUGACGGGGUUUGGAAUGAGAAGUGAACAUUCAAAGGACCUGCAGUUUGUCUAAUUGUUUUCUUUCCUGGUGGAAAAGUAAGUCGAUAAAACGCAAGAAAAGAUGUGCUUGAGAUGAACGCUUUAUCAGCCUGGACUACAGUCGGCGAGAGCAUUAAACCGGAUUCUUAGUGUUUCUUCUAAUAGCCUAAUUAUGUACAUGUAACUGUGACUCUUGAAUGACUUUAGCAUUCCUUGCACUGCGGUCGUAUAGAUCUGUCUUCAUCUUUUGUACUGUAAAAGAAACAUCCUUUAAAGAGAAGUGGGGCAUUCAAGGGAAAUCUGACGGGUCGCGUACUCCUUCAUCCCCGCAACGCUGUAUCCAAGGAGGCUGCGAUUGAAACUUUCAGAAAUGCCGCAGGUGGAGAUGUUUUAUUUUGUGUUGAUCAGCCUGUGGAUGUCUGUGUUGGGCCUGGAACCGGCGUCUAAGGUUGUGGCGGAUCGCUACGCUGUCUACUGGAACCGAACAAACCCAAGGUUCUACCGAGGAGACUACCACAUUGAUGUAUGCAUUAAUGAUUAUUUGGACAUAUACUGUCCCCACUACAUUGACACAGUCCCUGAGGAGAGAAUGGAGCGCUACGUCCUCUACAUGGUCAACUACGACGGCUACAGCUCUUGUGACCAAACGGCAAAAGGUUUCAAGCGUUGGGAGUGCAACCGGCCUCGCUCGCCCAAUGGGCCGCUGAAGUUCUCUGAGAAGUUUCAGCUUUUCACACCAUUCUCACUAGGAUUUGAAUUUCGGCCAGGCAGAGAAUAUUACUAUAUCUCGUCUACAGUCAGUGAAAACGGGAGACGGAGCUGCUUGAGGCUGAAAGUUUUCGUCAGACCUUCAAACAACUGCGAGAAGAGUCACGACCGCGUUAAGGUCAAUGAUGGAAGCAUUAACUCUAUAGAAGAUAAUAAUGACGGAACGAGUCACGAAUCUGCCGAACCAUCCCGAGGAGAUGUCAACGGCGUUGGACGCAUUCAGACUGUAGGGCCCUUGUUGGCCUCAGUGCUGGUUCUUUUGGCUUCUCUCUCCUCCUUAUAGCAUCCCGCGCAUAAGUGGUGACACCUGAAAUACACAGGAGGACUCGUGAUCGAGCACUUUUAAGGAACACUGAGAUCUUUCUCUCAGCUGAAAUGUAGUUUCUCGCACAGGAAGACUGGAUGGUUUUCAGUGAACAAAAGCCCCACCCCUCGAAAAAAAAAACACCUCUCGUUAUACACAGAAAAACCCACUAAACUAUGACACGCACACUAAAAUAGGUCCGUGUCCUUUUGGUGCCCCUAUAUGACGUUGGAGAGGGACUUGUAAUUGGGGGCAGAGGAAGAAAAAUACUCUUUUUCACAAUGACUGCUUUCAGUGUUGCCAUCCAGAAAAGAGAAGUCAGAACAACAGAGGAAGAGAGGACUGUCUGAGGGAUCUCUCCACGUGCAUUGUGGGAAAACGUCGUCACUGUGGACUCAACUGCUGACUUUACUAGAUAUCAAGGCAAAUUGUUGCCUGAUAGCAUCCCUUAUAAAGAGGGAGCUUUUUAAUAUCUCAACCGGAGUAGUCCGCGUGGACUCAGGUGCUCAGGUGAACGGUGACCAUUUUUGAAGCGUUUUCGUAGACAUAAGAAAAAGAUAAGCAUUGUGUACAGGUGUACAUGGGACUUAAACACGGAUGUGGUGUUCUUGAAGUAAAAUGCUCAAGUGUAGCUGCCAAAAUCUAUGUUUUGUUAGGAGUACAGAGCAUCACUUAUCAAUCGUUUGAGUGAGUAUACUAAUUUGUUUUUGGUGAAUCAUCCUUUUCUUAUUUAUUGUUCAUUCUUAGUGCUCUUGGCACUUUGUUUUACUAGUCGUCAGCCAGGAUUCAGGAGAAACGAACACAAAAUGCCUAGCUGCAGUCAACUUAACUUGAUUUAGACGAAUAACAACUGCAUUGCAGAAUAACUUGGGGUAAAAUUUUAGCAAGUCAAUCCUUGAAAUGAUAUCAGGGGCAAAAACAGCAGUCCGUCUCCAUAUCAUGUCCAUCAGGGGUCGUGUCGCUCCUUAAAGGGUCCAUUAUCAUGGAAAAGAGGGAGGAAAUGGUUUGCAUUCAUUUUGUAAAUGCCAUUCAUUCUGUCUUUUUACCCUAGAGUAAUACAGCAUUAACAUUUUAAUUCGGUCAACAAAAUGAGCUCAUACCUUACCAAUUGAAUUUCUUUUUUUUUCUAAGCAUGAAUUAAAAGUAAUGGAAAUAUUUUCUUAAAACCACAACAUGGACAUGGGCAUUUCUUUUGUCAAAGUGCAUUUCAGCCGUGCCGUUUUUUAUUUAUUUAAAUAAGGAGCUGUGCGCAUUAAACGCUCAUCUGGGAUUUACUGAAACAGUAGCGGAGCGCUGAUCCACCCCGGUGGCAGCUGACACCCUAACAUGAUUUAAUAGGCUCUUUGAUGUUGUCCAAAGUGCCUGGCACGCAGACCACAUACUGCGAGGCCUCAUGUGGGUUAUUCCUGGAAUAAAAAAAUAGACAGCAGCACGGGAGGAGCAUGGUGUCCAGUUUAGCUGCGGGCUAGCGAUAUUCUGGUGAACUUGGCCAGAGAUGGAGAAAGAUGAGAUCUGCUGCUGGGAUCAAUAUUAAUGGCCUUUACAGACACAAAACAGGGUAAAUAUUUGCCCUAGUCCAGGUUUUCCUUUCUUGAAUGUUUUCGUGUUUUUCAUUCGCAUCUACAUAUCAACAGUUUGUAAACCAACAUAAACGUAUCUUUUGGCUUUUUGAUAAUAUGUGGUUAUGUUUGGUUUGCCAUUAUGUUUUUUUUUUAAAUGAUAACACAGGAGCACAUGGAUCCUAUGGAUGCUAUGUAUCUGUACGUUGUUUAGUCACUAGAACCACUUGUACAAAAGAAAUGAGAUAAAUGAGGAAUUAAAACUAAUCCAGUCAUAAUAUCAGACUCACUUGUUAAUCUUUUUUUUUUCUGGAGAUAAAUGCAUUUGCAAACUGAUUUUUUUAUUUAUUUUGAGUAACAUUUAAAUGGUUCAAUAUUCAUAAUGACAACUAGGAAUGUGUGCUGGUCCAUCUUUAAAAGCACCACUGUACUAUCAUUGCUAAAUCCUUAAUCCUUUUUAAAUCUCCUGUGAACUAUUUUAAAGUCUGCAAUGUUCUGUUGUUGCACUGCGUACGUUUAUUGUCAUGGGGACAAACCUAGAAAGACAGUGUUAGUAGGUUUAAUUCAGGAAACGUUAUUUUUGUAAAACAACUGCAGUGUCUGUUUUUGUCCAUAUGCUGAACUCCCUUUUGUUGAGAAUUUGAGGUCAAAGGAAUAAGGUCUCAUUGAACCUGGGUUUUUCACCACAAGGCAGUUGUGUUCCUGUAUUGUCUCAUCGUCUUUGUCCCAAAUAAUAUAUCUUCAGUGUUAGACAUAAUUUCUCACUUCUUUCCACACAUCUGCAUCUUCAUACAGCUGUGAAGACCAUGGUAUCUAAACCACCAUUUCCCUUAGCUUCUUGGCUGUGUUGCGUGAAUAUUAGACAUUUGCUGUGACUUCUCUGAUGGUUCAGCGGUGACUUGCAUUACGAUAUGACAUGUUUUUAUAUCUUCAAAUGCCAUUGUUUGUAAAUACACUUGCUGGAGCAGCUCAAAUAAAUGAUUAAAUAAAUUUGUCAUUGUUGUAAGAAA